CUGUGGGGGCUGCAGUGCCAGGCCAGAACCAGGGCUGUGGCUGUGUUGCCCUGGCAGCCGGCAGCAACCGGUGACCCCUGGGUGGCAUUGAUCAGUGUCCAAGGGCUUGCGCUCCCCCAGCACCAGCCCCUGCAGCCCCGAAUAUAAUUAGAAAAGUGCCCAGACCAAAAAUAGAGGAAAAAGUUUCCCCAGUGGCUGUUUCAUGUGCCAGUCACAAUGAAAGCCAAUGGGGCACGCAGCUGCCUCAUGCCCCAAUAACCCCACGCCCGCCGUUGGGUGACCGGACAGACGGAGCAGGCAGACACCUCUCCGCACCCCACGGAGGAGCUGGGGAUCAGCUGGGAAGGGGCCUCGCAGCAUCCCCCAUCACCCCACUGACGGGAGGGGACGGCGCGGGAGCACUGGGCUCUGCCCCACACACGGUCUACGGUGAGAGGUCCCCGUGGCGGAUCGCCACCGCGGUUGUUCCCCGUGGUGCUCCCAGCUCUCUGCUGGAGGUCUUUGCUCCCCCUGCCCUCCUUGUGAUAGGUUAGGGGGUCCCUGGGACCCAGGAUGGGGACACUCCAGAGACAGCCUUGGGUUGGGUCCGUGCACACCUGCUUUACCAGGGAGUGGGGUGGCAUUUUGGCGGGCUGUGGGGUGGCUGUGUCUGGAGGGUGGCUGUCUUGCAGGGCACCACUGCACAUGCCAUGGGGGACUGGAGCCUGCUGGGUCGGCUGCUGGAGAAUGCCCAGGAGCAUUCCACAGUGGUGGGGAAGGUCUGGCUCACCGUCCUCUUCGUCUUCCGCAUCCUGGUGCUGGGGGCAGCUGCAGAGCGGGUCUGGGGUGACGAGCUGUCUGGCUUCUCCUGUGACACGCAGCAGCCCGGCUGCCAAAAUGCCUGCUAUGACAGCACCUUCCCCAUCUCCCACCUCCGCUUCUGGGUCCUGCAGAUCAUCUUUGUCUCCACCCCUAGCCUUGUGUAUCUGGGCCACAUCCUGCACCUGGUGCAUCUGGAGGAGAAGGCACAGCAGCAGGCGGCAGCACGGGCUGGCAGCGGGGCCAGGCGGCAGCGCCCCAGGCAGCCCCAGCUCCCUGCAGGGAACACAAGGGCACGGGUGUGCAUGCGGGGGGCCAUCCUGAGGACGUACAUCUGCAACAUCGUCUUCAAGGCUCUCCUGGAAGUGGGCUUCAUUGUGGGCCAGUAUGCCUUGUAUGGGUUCCAGCUGAAGCCCCUCUACACCUGCAGCCGCUGGCCCUGCCCCAACACAGUCAACUGCUACAUCUCCCGGCCCACUGAGAAGACCAUCUUCAUCCUCUUCAUGCUGGGGGUGGCCUGCGUGUCCUUGCUGCUCAACCUGGUGGAGAUCUACCACCUGGGUCUCACCAAGUGCCGGCGAGGGCCAGGCCCCAAGUCCCACAUCCUAACCACUCCUGGUGGGCCUGUAGGACCUGGCAGCACCUAUGUCACUCUGCCCAGGGGUGGCAGCCCCCUGGCUGCUGGCAGACCCCCCCACGGCCUGGCACCACUGAAGAAGGCAGGUGCAUGGCUAGGGGUGGCUGGUGGCUCCCACAGGGACAUGCGAACAGCAGACCUGGCAGUGUAAAUGUGGCCUGCUGGCAUGGACAGGGAUGGGCAAUACAUGGGUGGUCGCAGCAAUGGUUGUGUCUUCCGUCUCUGCCAGGCCCAAGGCAUGGAGCCCAUGGCCAGAAUGAGAGCUGGGCACAGCCCUGGGGACACUGCUCAGCUGCUCCUGGCACUCCUGCAAGCAGGAGGGCUAAGAGUAGAGCUUGGAAGGGGGAGAAAAUAAACGCUUACUGCACCUCA